GAGAGUUUUGCUGCCCUAGGCAAGUCUCAUAGGGCAACCGCGAUUGCUGUUUAUGGAUACUUUGCAUGGUCUCGGUAUGCGCGGCGUAGGUUGCGGGCUAUUGUGGACAUGCUCCAUUAUACGUACACGAAUACACCGAGUCUGGCAACCUUCUUUUUUAUUUUUGCUUCGCCGUGCCAACAGCCACCAGUUCUCCACAUAGAUCUAGCUUGCGGCGUCAGAACUGGAGAUCUCUAAGCGCCGUCAAGGCUGAAGCCUUUGCCAUACGAUCACUGAAUAACCGUUCUUUCCCUUGCGGCGUGCAAUCCCAACCGAUAUAUAUCUUGCUUUUGAUCAACUUUCUCAUCACCAGAGCAGUGGGUGAAGCAUCUCCAUGUCCGCCGAAGCACUUUCCAAACUAUCAUUGGGGGAAACCAUGGUGACGACUCGGGCUGGGGCAGCCAGAGCAGCCAGGGCUCGUACCGCACCGCCAGUCCAAACGAACCUUUCCGGAUCACCAAGUCGCACGUCAAGCCCAUCAACUCACGAAUCUACAUCUCCUACUCCUUCUUUGAUCGAUUCCACUUCAGGGCUUCAGUACAAUGUCGCCAAGCUCAACACAGAAGUGCGAAGACGUGCUAAGCGCGGUCUUAUGGAUGACAAUGCCAUCAAAAUGAAGUAUUGUAGGGCAUCAGAUGAUGACCCUGAGCAAUACAUGUUCUUCAUUGAUGAUGACAUUACCAUCGGCAUGGGCGGCCGAUUUGCUGUACCACGAUGUACCUGCGGUGCAAAUGACCAGGGAACAGCCUGCAAGCAUAUAUUCUGGAUCUUGGAUCAGCUAGCCACUCAGUCCGACUCAAACGACAUGAAAUCACAAACACUGGAGCUCUCUGCAGAUGGCUCUAAUGUACACGAAAUUGAACCAGCAGAUAUAAUUCACGAGAAAGGCCUAAAGACAAUAUCCAAAGGGCUGGGCUGGGUCCUGCACGAGGUCCCGUUGCCAGAUGAAGAUGACAUUGAGUUUGAGAUCGCAGAAAUGCUCUCUGUCUUUGAGCCGUCUGAUGCCCUCCCUUCUGAGUUCAAGUGCGACGAACCGGCCUAUCUAUCGGCGAGAUCUAAGAAAUACAGAGAGUUUAGGGAGCUUUUCAUACAAGUCGCAUCGGAAAAUCUUGGAUUGUUCGGCCGACUUCGAUCAGUGAUAACUCCUGCGUUCCAAACACAAGUAUUUUUCGAAAAGAUAAAUGAUCGUAUCGCACGGACCUUCAACGCACUGGAUGAGUAUAUCAAGAAUGGACCCACCGAUGCAAGAUCGGACUCGCACGACGUAGAAACGUGUGCGAGCAAGCUCAAGGCGUUGGUGGGCGCAAUUUUUGAUUACUUUGACCAGCAAGUCGAGAAUGGGACUUCCAGCAAAGACAUAGAAGCUCGAGCUGCAUCUGCAUUGGUCACUAUCCUGGACCAAGUUUCUAGUAGGAACUGUGAUGCCUACGCCAACAUCACCUGGGACGGCAUUCCUCCAUCAGACCCCAAGCAGAACAAUCUUUAUGUUUCCCUGAUCGGUUCUCCUGACAAAAAUGAAGGGCUUUUUGUCUUGGACGCACUGGAAAUGCUGCCACAGGAAGAUGUACUACGAAACCAUUGGGAGGUUUUGGCCAAUAUCGGUAGACGGUUGCCCCCAUGGACACCGCCAGCUUUCAAGAACACUUUUCACGCAAUUACUACUGAGAAUAGUAAGUCAGAACAUACCACACAGUACAGUCCCGUUGUCGAUGCUAGCCGCUAUGAGCGGAUUUGAGCGGUUGGACGAUGUCUAAUAAUCGACACAAUUUUA